UAUAAAAGAAGGGUAGAUUUCGCAUGGAUUUCAUUCACUUAAUAAGACCGGAAUUUGCAAGAGAUUUCUGAAAAGAGUUUUUUUUACGAAAGAAUCAUGAAAUUUAUUCUGUGCGCCGUUACGCUGGCAAUUUUGGCCGCUUACUCGAAGGCCGAACUUGACCCGGAAAUUCCAAAGAAAUGGAAAACCCGGGAAGAUGCCGGGGUCGCGGUGCGGGACAAGCUUUUCGAAAAACUCUUUGCCACCUAUAAGCCCGAAAACUAUGCGGAAAAUAGCACUGUCAAAGUGGGCGUGUCCCUACUGGAUGUCAGCUUCGAUGCCGAUAACGAUAUUAUGAAUACGAACGUUUGGAUUAGAAUGUUGUGGAAGGACAACCGGCUUACUUGGGACGAGGCCGAAUUUCCCGUGGGAGUACUACGCAUUCCCGCCGACAAAGUGUGGAAGCCAGACAUUACCUUGUACAACGGUGUGAAGCCGAACAUGGAGUGUUUCGAGACGAAUGUGAUAGUUUACCCGAACGGGAUGGUUUUGUGGGUGCCGCCCUGCCACCUACAGACCUACUGCAAUCUGACCUUAAACCAUGGCGCCUAUGAGGAGCAAAUCUGCACCCUUAAGUUCGGCUCGUGGACUUUUGACGGCUUCACGAUGGGACUGGAACUCUACAAUAAUAAAAAUAACACUCUCGUCGACGUGGAAGACUAUUUCAACCGGAAGUGGGAGGUCACCCAGAAUACCGCCGUGAGGGAAGAGAAAUUCUACGAUUGCUGCGUGGAACCCUAUUUUAACAUCCUUUUUACCCUGAGAUUCCAGAGAAAACCGGAAGGAGGGGCGACUUGCAAAAAACAUUAAGGAGAAAAUACAUAAGUUGUCCCAUUCUACGACCUCUCUAAUGGAACUGAAUAUAUAACAAUGCUCAUAGAAAAUUAACAUGUAAAUUUUGAAAAUAUUGGAAUUGUGUAGUUUUUUGAAGCUGGUUUAAGGAGUAUAGAAAAUUGGAUUAAAUUUCAUGAAAUAGAUUAAAUAAUGGUGUUUUUUAAAGAAUUGAUUUCGUACAUUUACUAAUAAAGGGUGUUAAUUUAAUUCGU